UAGCCGUCACGAUGAUCAUGUUUGCUUUUAGUUUCAUUUUCCGUAAAAUUGUUUUUUGUUAAAGAAAUGAAAAAGUUUGUUUUGAUUUUAACAUUUUGUGUUGUUUUUUUAACUUACAUGUUGACAAAAGAGGAUUCAUUUUCUUUUCAUAAACCUUUGAUUUUAAGCAAUAAAAGUACCCAUGAUAAGUUGAAAGAUUCUGGAGAUGAGCAGACCUUGGAAAAGAGUGAUCCAGGCAUGUCAGUCAAACAUAUACUAAAUUUUCAGUUUGUUGAAAGUCAAACAAAAUCUAUCAAUCAAACAGAGCACUCUGGUAAUCUAAAAAAAAGAUUUCCGCAAGCUAUUAUUGCUGGAGUUAAGAAAUGCGGAACAAGAGCGUUACUCUCCUUUUUAGCCAAACAUCCUCAUGUUCGGUCAGCCGGUAAAGAGAUACAUUUUUUUGAUAAGGAUGAUAAUUACAACAAAGGAUUAGAUUAUUAUCUAGCUGAAAUGCCUUUUUCUUAUGAAAACGAAGUAACUAUUGAGAAGACGCCUGGGUAUUUUAUUAAUCCAAAUGCACCAGAGAGAAUAUAUAAUUUAUCACCAUUUAUUAAACUUAUAUUUAUUUUUCGAGAUCCUGUAGAAAGAGCAAUUUCUGAUUUUGCUCAGACUUUAGCGAAAUCAGCUGAUGAAGUAAAAGAAAUAGAAAAGCGUAUUUUUAUAGAUGGUUCUAUUCCUAAGAAAAUUAACAUAAAUAGUAGCCUAAUAAAAAUUGGACUUUAUGCAGAACAUCUACAAAGAUGGCUAAAAUUUUUUCCCAUGAAGCAAAUGUAUUUUGCAAAUGGUGAUGAGUUUAUCAAAAAUCCUGCAUUAGAAAUGAAGGAAAUUCAAAAGUUUUUGAAUAUUCCUUUGGUUAUUAAUAAAAGUUCUUUUGUAUAUAACCGAACUAAAGGUUUUUAUUGUCUUCGUGUUGAAAAGGAAGAAGAAGGCUGUUUAGGUGAAACUAAAGGUCGAAAACACCCUUAUGUAAAAAAAAGUACAAAAAUAAAAAUGCUAAAAUUUUUUAAAUCUUACAAUAAACAGUUUUUUUCUAUAAUCAAUAAGAACUUUGGCUGGAUAUCAUGAAUGAAAUGGAUAUCGUUUCAACAAACUUUUUGUUUUUGAACAUUAAAAAUAAAAAAAAAAAAAAGUUUUUGAACAUUAAAAAUAAAAAAGUAAAAAGAUUCAAAUCUCCUACUGGUUCUGAAUGUGAAAAUGGAAUCAUUAAGUGUUUCAGAUAAAAUAAUGGAAGCAAUAUGUUUAUUUCAGAAUAAAAAUGGGUUAAACACGUUAUCUCCUGCAAAUCAUGAAGUUUUAAUAAACCUCUAGAUAAUAAUAGUUAUAUAAUAAUUGUUGAUUCUCUUAAUGACGGAUAUAAUAAAUCUUUGCAUAUUUUAUUUCCCUAAAGUUAUCUAAUGAUUUUUUAAAAUUUUAGUAUAGAGUUAUCAUUAUUUAUUAUCUCCAUUUUAUAUUUUUUGUUAUUUAAUGUUAAUAUUAAAUAACAAAAGGUAUUUAAUGGUAAUUUUUACCUAAGAGUGGUAUUGCUUAUAUACUCUACUUGAUGCUGUUUCUUACCCUCACUUAAAACUAGAAGCCUUGGCAACUCUUUUAAAAACUAAUCAAAUCAAAGGGUAUUUUUUAUUAAACACAUAAGGCAUUAAAUUAAUCUAGAAAGUAAAUGUUUUGUGUUUGGUUUUUGUUACAUAAUACCACUCAUAUAAUGUUUUUUAUAAUAUGCAAACCUUUUGAAGCUUUGUAAUUUAUUAUAUUUAUUAUAAUGUAUAGCUAUUUUUGUUCUACAAUUAACUUAUUUUUCAAAAUAUUUUUUGUAUCUUUUACAUUUCAUUAACCUAAUGAAAUACAUUGUAUAGACAAUUGUUUGUAUUGUAUAGACAAUUGUAUUGUAUAGACAAUUGUAUUGUAUAGACAAUUGUUUGUAUUGUAUAGACAAUUGUUUGUUUAAAGCUUUCUAAAUUUAAAAUUUUUGAGAUAUUUAUUAUUUUGAUAUCUUUCAUUUUUGAAGAAUAUUUUUUUUGAAUUUA